AGCGUAAAGUUACGGCCUCGUUCCUGUUCAAUUUAUCGUGCGGUGGCGGGAAUGUGCGUCUUUCGAGUCUGUAGUGUUGGGUGAGGUCUCUGAACGUGGUUAGGCGAUCGCCCCACGCCCAGUGUGUUUCUUGUUGUUGUGUUUCUGUUGUAGUGUCCCGAUCCGGCAGAUCCGAUGCCCCGCUCUCGGGGGCGGAGGCGGCCACAUAAUCAGCGACUGCUCGGCGUUGGAAACCUCGGGCCGUGGCGUGGGCCGCCUCGUUGCCCGCGAGCGGAACAUCGCGGAUGGCUGCUGCUGACCGACCCCAGACACCGUGCCCUGGCCCCGCCCCGAUGUUACAUCGGACUGUUCUUGGCGUUGAAGCGAGCCUCCCAAGUGGAACCGCCAGUGGCGCACGGCCAAAAGCCUUCCAUGCGGCAGUCGUGCCGUCGGUACCCGGAAGGCGCAAGCCUUGGGAUCUGCAGGGUCGUCUGCACGACCUUCAAGAGCGCCUGAAAAGCAUGAAAAGCGAGAAGGAGCAGCUAAUUCACCAGAAUACCAGCCAGCUGGAAGAGCUGGAGAAGCUCAAUGCAGAGCUUAUCAUCGAACGGAGAAAGAACGCUGCAUUGACCACCAGGGUCUCAGAACUUGAGUCUGCUCUGAGCUCAUCGGAGGCCCAGAAGCUCUCCGCCCGCGCGGUAAGCGACUCGCUGUUGACCGAGCUGCACUCAGCUGCACAGCAGGUGGCCACUCUGGGGCAAUCUCUCGCCAAUACCGCAGGAGCGUUUGCCGCUCUUACAUGCGACGAUGCAGCCCUCAUGGAAAACGAUGUCCACCAUGAGACCACAAGACAAAACUUGUAAAAGGAACGAAUAAAGGUGCUCAACAUGAGCAUGUUGCUACUGUCUGGUC